GUUUUGGUUCAAUUGUGUGUUGUUCCAUCUUUUUCAUCGCACGCACUCCCAGCUCUGCUCUGGUGUUCUUCUUGGCCCCCAAUUUCUGAUUUGGAAAAACAAAAAAGAAAAAAUGUCGUGUACGCAUGAUCACAACUGCGAGGAUCACGAGUGUUCCUCCGAUUGGUCACUCUACAAGCACAUCGAUCUCCCCAAGGUGUCUGCUCUAAACGAGUCUGUCUCUGGAAGUGCUAAAUCGGUCUUCAAAGCAUGGGAACAGCGUUUACACUCUUCUGGGGAGCAUUUGGAGAGCAACGAAGGAGACCCUGAAUUGCUUGUCUUUGUACCAUUCACAUCAGACGUCAAGAUCAAGAGCAUAUCAAUUGUUGGUGGUCCUGAUGGAACAAGUCCUUCUAAGUUGAGAGUGUUCAUCAAUCGUGAAGGGAUUGACUUCUCUGACGCUGAGGGCAUGCAAGCCGUUCAGGAAUGGGAGUUAGCUGAAAAUUUGCAAGGUGAAUUAGAAUACCAGACCAGGUAUUCGAAAUUCCAAAGUGUUGGCAACAUCACAUUGCAUUUCCCUGAGAGUUUUGGUGGUGACACAACCCAAAUACGCUACAUCGGUUUUAAAGGUGAAGCAACCCAGUUGAAAAGGGAUGUUGUUGCAACGAUUGUAUAUGAGAUAAGACCGAAUCCUUCAGAUCACAAGACAAAAGCUGAGACUGGUGGAGGUUUCUCACAAGUUGAGUGAAGAUAUUAUCUGCUUCCAACUUCACUCCUUAGCCUUUUCACAUACCUAUGUUUCCUCAAUAAGCUUUGGCCUAUUGUAACAAACAUAUAUGUAUCGAAUAAAAUGCCGGAGACUUGUUAAAUGUGGAAUCUUUCUAUACUUGAACCGGUAUGAGUUAUUUUGAACUUUUAUAACAAUGAACUCUAUUUUAUUUUAUGCCUAA